GUUUACUCGUAGCGCACGGCCGUGGAGGACGUUUCGGCGGUUCAUUUUCGGUUCUCGACUCGGAUGGUUUCUGUUCAAAACCCUUCUCUUCUACGGGGGAAAAAUCAACAUUGCGUGAGACCACGCGCGAAAGUUAUUCGUGCUGGGUACAAAUCUGUCCACCCAAUGAAUUAGUCUUACCGCCUAACAAUAACAGUAAUCUAGCCGCUACCGCCUGGAGAGUGUGAGAACCGUUUGUGUUUAGCCGGAAAACUGGAACCACGUCCCGUAUCUGGGUCGUAGGGAAAAGAGAUUUCGUCGGUCUUAAGUUAUGCUUUCGGUCGGUCAGUGUUAGUGAGCUUCCUCCCCCUCAGAAGAAAAGUCACCAGAGGAAUCCGAAUUGCCAAAGGUCGCACAGAUCUCGCAGUAGUGUAUGAUUUAAAAAAAAUCGCGCGGGUGGAUACUUAACCGAGAUUUCGCUGAAGGAAGUGUAUCUCAGCUUUAUAGUAGGCGAAACGCCUACUGGAAUCGCUUGAAGGGAGCGUUCGUAGAGAAUUGCAUGAUGAGGGCACCACCUCUCUGGGCUAACCAACUGUGAAUGAUUGUUUUUGGUGUGCGAUUCGAAAAAUAAUUCGAUCAGCUGCUAGGGCUUAAUCGAAACCACCAAACCACAAAAAGAGCGGCUAUUCGCGACACUAAUCAAUUAACUAGCACUGGCAGGCAACCCGGUUGCCAACUUCGACAAAUGCAGAUCAGCAUCAGCAUCAGAGGCAACAGUCCGUAGAGUGUCAAUCAAACAUGUUAACUUUUCGGACGGCAUCAACAAAACAUAGAUACAUAAGUCCAAAAGUUACGAAAGCUGUGUAACGAAACACGAUUCAACAAAGUCGCGCAACGGUGCCAAUUAAUCUCGUUUAGCUUACAAAGUUGGGCGAGCAAAAUCAAAGAUAGUUUAAGGAAAGGAAAAAGUUUGAAACAAAUCAACGAAACUCCGCCGCUGGCAGGUUGUCCCAAAAUCAAAGUGCUAUUUUGUUAAGUGUAUUUUUGAUAGAACAAUAGUUGCCAUCUAAUUCGAUUGUAAAUAACAAACACUAGUUGAUCUAGAGAAAAAAAAAACUAAACUUCGUUAUAAGUGAAUUUUCCGUUAGUGAAAGCUUUUAAUUCCGAAAUCAAAGUAUUAGACCACUGUUUUAGUAUUUUAAUAACGCAUUUGCUUUGCCAAGAUGUCGCUGACUGAUAAAGAAUAUUACAAUCUGACCAUGAGCAUCUCCAAGGCGCUCAGCAGCGUGGAGAUGCCGAUCAAGGUCAAGCACGUGCGGGCCACCAUCAUCGGCACGUUCCACAGCAAGGGCGGGCACGCGUUCUGGGCCAUCGCGAUCCGGCAACCGAUACAGGACAACCGGAUAGUGGCCUGGAAGUUCUGCCAUCUGCUGCACAAGAUCCUGCGGGAGGGUCACCCGCACUGCUGCCAGCACUCGAUGCGGCACCGGGGAAUGCUGCUGGAGGCCGGGAAGCUGUGGGGCCAUCUGAACGAUGGCUACGGGAUCUGCAUCAAGCACUACACCAAGCUGCUGGUGACCAAGCUGGAGUUCCACGACCGGAAUCCCCGGAUACCGGGUAGUUUGGCGCUGAAGCCCGGGGAGCUGGACCAAAUCGGGGGCGGUGAUAUAAACUUCUACUUCCAGUUAGCGGUAGAAAUUUUCGAUUACCUAGAUGACAUUAUUGGUCUUCAGGCCACAAUUUUCAACUCCAUCACAACAUUCUGCGUCAAUUCCAUGACCUCGGCCGGUCAGUGCCGCCUAGCACCGUUGAUUCAGUGCAUCCAGGACUCCAACCCGCUGUACGACUUCGUCGUACGAAUCAUGUUCAAGCUUCAUGCCAAUCUUCCAUCGGAUCUGCUGACCGGCCAUCGGGAACGUUUCCGCACCAUCUUCCACCAGCUCAAGUCAUUCUACAACCAGAGCCGGAACCUGCAGUACUUCGUAAACCUGAUCACGGUUCCCAAGCUGCCGGAUGUGCAGCCAAACUUCGAACAACAGUCCGAUCUCGGCAACUACCAAGCCCCGGUAGUGAUCAUGCCCAACUCCGACCCCAUCGACGAUACCGAAUCGGUCAUCUCCGAGAGCCUUAUAGAUACCACCGAGGCUGCGCCACCCAUUCCGGAUUUGCCGCAAAAUCACGUGCAGCAACAGCAGAACCACCUUCAACAGCAGGCCCACCAUCAGGUCCUUGAGCUGGAACGGCUACUCCGGGAGCGAGACGACCUGAUCCGGCAGCUGCAGAUGGAGAUCGAACGGUCGACCAACUACGUCAAAUCUUUGACCAUCGAGCAGCGAGAUGUGCAGCACCGGCUGGAGGAUCAAAUUGCGCAACUCAACUCGCAGCUAACCAACACCGAGGGACAGCUGUCGAAUCUGCGCAUCCAGAAGGAGGAGCUGGAACUGCGGGCCCAAACGGCACCCACCCUGGAACAAAAAGCCCAAGCCGAGGAGGAACGCGCCAAGGCCAGCGAGGAGAAGUUCCAAAAGCUGAAGACCAUGUACACCCAAAUACGGGACGAGCACGUGAAACUUCUGCGGCAGACAAAACUUUUCGAGUAUCGAAUUAGUUGCUACAAACAGCACGGCGAGGUAAGCAAGCAGCUGGCAAGCUCCACGAAGGCGGCUUCAGACGCAACCAAAUCCAAGGAAGAAAUUCGCGUUCAGCUAGAGGAACUGCAACAGCAACAGUCACUGGUGGAAGAGAAGCUGCAGCAGAGCUCCAGCACCGCCAAACAGGAACAGGAAGCGGUAGCGCAAGAACUGAAAGACAUCACCGAACGGUACGAAACGCUGCAGAGUAAGUACGAAGAGAUGGAGGCAAAUCGGCAGGCGGAAAUUGCCGAACUGCGCAUCAGCCUGGAGCGGGUCAACGAAGAGCUGCGCACGUUCCAAUCGGACCGGGACCUGCUCCAGACCGAGAAAGGAGCCCUGGAGAACAGCCUGAGCGAGAUGCAGAGCGAGCGGGAGCAGCUUUCCCACCAAUACGCCGACGUAUUGGGCCGGUUGGAGGCGCUGCAAAUUCGCUCCGAGAAGCAGGGCCGCGAGGAGGAAACGCUACAGCAAAGCAUCAGCGAGAAGAGCCGGCAGACGCAAGCACAAUCCAUCAAAUUUCCUCAAGAAGCGCCACCAUCAAGAACGAUAACCAGGGCACAAAAUGGCCCACUCUGGGCCCAUCUUACUCGAAGUCGAAUCCUUGCUAAUCCCUUUCCCCAUCGUACAGAACUGGUGGACAAACUGGAACAACUCCGAUCGGAAUACGAAUCGCUUCAACAACAACACGUGGAUCUGCAAGCAGCCAAGGCCGCCCAGGAGCAGGAAUUCAACCGAAUCCACGAGGACGACCUGCUGCGGCUGGAUUCGCUCCAGAACGAAAUGGACGGCAAGGUGGCGACCCUGGCCAGCGAAAAGGAUACGCUACUGGCCGAGAAGGAAUCGACCCUGGGGCAGCUUGUCUGGCUGCAGACCGAAUCCGGGCAGCGUACGGCCGAGUUCGAAUCGCUCGAGAAGGAUUUGAAGAACGUAAUCGAGCAGAAGGACCACGAGCUGGACGAGCUGCGGGCCAAGUACACCGAAAUGGAAGAAAAGUAUCAGUCCCUCGAUGCAAAUAUGGACCGACUGCAGUCCGACAAGGGUGCACUCGAGUCCGACCUGCAAGAUUUACUUCACCAACAGGAGGAACUGGAGCAGAAGCUACGCGCAUCGGAAGCCACGGUUAGUGACCUGGAGCAAUUGCUUGUCAACGCACGCAUCACUGGGGAAACUUCGCUGCGAACCUUGCUGGAAGCUUGCAUCAAAUCCUCGGAGAAGCUAACACUGCGAGCGAUCAGCGAAAACGAGAUGCCCGGAGCUGGCGGAACUCCAACCUACUUCCUGAUGAUUGCUGAAGAGCUACAGGAUGUCCUGUCCAAGCUAUCACUGGUACACGACAGCUACCUGAAGGAUAACUCAACCAACGUCGAAUCGCUGGCCCGGAAGGUCAUCAUCGGUGCCCACUUGCUGGCAUCGGCCCACGUCCAGGGAAUGUCCAUUUGCAACCGAUCUGCGAACAUCGAAUGCGGUGAACGCAUAGCCGAGGAGAUCAAGGAGCUCGGCAGUUCCAUCACCGGUCUUUUCCAGUCGCUGCAGAAGACCAGCGAAUCGGAUACGGUCGGGGCCAAGAUUGCUGACUUGCGGGCCAAACUUCAGCGGGUCACGGAGAUGAUUGGCGAUCUGGGCAAGCAGACGGACGGCACCGAAAACCUGGGCGAUCUGGUCGAGAACGAGCUCAGCAGCAUGGACAAGGCCAUCGAAGAGGCCGCCUCCCAGAUUGAGGUAAAGAUCCCUCCACCAACCGGUGGCCUCGAUGUCGUUCGUAGUACCCUACUGCACGUGGACACCUGCGUUGUCCGGUUGCAUUGUGCCCUGGUACUGCCCAGGUCUACAGUGGAAAUGCUCUCAAAGUCGCGAGCCUCCGACUCCGGCAUCAAGCUGGAGGUCAACGAGAAGAUCCUGGACGCCUGCACCACCCUGAUGCACGCAAUCCGGGUGCUGGUGCAGAAAUCGCGGCUGCUCCAGUCGGAGAUUGUGGCCCUCGGCAAGGGCACCGCAUCGGCCAAGGAGUUCUACAAGCGGAACCACCAGUGGACCGAGGGGCUGAUCUCGGCGGCGAAGAGCGUUGCCCAGGGAGCCAACUUUUUGGUCACCGCAGCGAACAAAACCGUUUCGGGUGGGGCCCGGCACCAGUUGGAUCUGGUGGUGGCGGCCCAGGAAAUUGCCGCCUGCACCGCCCAGCUGGUGGUAGCCAGCCGAGUGAAGGCACCACGCGGAAGCCAAAAUUUGUCCGCCCUCGGAACGGCCUCCAAGAAUGUGACCCAGGCGACCGGUGUCGUGGUGGCCACUGCCAAGGACUGUAGCCAACGGCUGGAGGACUCGCAAGAUCUGGACCUUAGCUCGCUGACGGUGCACCAGGCCAAAACCAGGGAAAUGGAAAUCCAGGUCAAGGUGCUGGAACUGGAACAGGCCCUCCAAACCGAACGGAUGCGACUUGCGGCUUUCCGAAAGAAAAACUAUCAAUCGCCGGUGGAGGACUAAAGCAGGAGAGAGAACCGUUGGAAGGAGAAAAGAGCAAGUGAUAUAAUUCCAUUCUCUCUAUACGAAACUAUAGAAAAACAGGAACCGAAAAUAUAUCAAUCACUAGUAAAUGUCAGCCCCCAUAUGCAAGACAAUAUAAACGAACAAAUAGGAAAUAGCGUAAUGUGCUCGUUUCGGAAGCCUACCUAGAAGAGAAUUUUAAACGAAUCGAAUAUUGCACCCUAAACUCUAUGUCGCAUUUCGACAAAUCCGUCUGUCGAAGUGCAUAUCCGUGAUUGUGUCUUCUUCCUUAUUUUAGCUACUUUUAGAAACUUUUUAGAAACAAAAACAUAAAUAUCACCUACACGCCAUCGAUAUGAUAGAAGAACAAAAACAACUAUUAUCGUAUUCUAAAAUAUAUAUUUAUUCGUAAACAGCGGGCGCACGGUUCCUGGAUCUGCGCGCUCGGGACCUACGGCAACAGACACGCUUGUUAUUGAUGUCAACGAUUUAAUAAUUCUUGUGCUAGAGAAGCAAAUUAGGCAAGUGAAACCACACCGAUGUUAAUGUUGAGUUUUGUCUAUAGCUAGUUUUAUAGAUGCCUUUUUACGUAACUAGAGUAAGCCGCAGAAAGAAAGAAGUCCAAUCGUGAGCAAAUUCUAUCCAAUCAAUCACUGGGUAAUGUUUGAUUUUUAUUUAUUGAACAAUAUUAUUCUAGUAAACAAUCAAUAAUGACCCACAAUAACAAUCGGAGGAGCUGAUGAUGAUCAUUUAGAGUAAAUCUAUCAACUGCGAAAGGAAUUCAUCGGAACGGUUUAACUUUUUAUACCAAAAAAAAAUACAUCAAUUAUCACAAAAUUCGUCUAUCUUCUAUUAACUAAAUAUCUAAACAAGCUAUUUGUACCGGUAUGAACGUAACUGUUGAUAUAUUUUUAUAUUGAUGAUGAAGUAUCUACACAUUUAUAUGCCAGUAAGUAAGUUGAACAUGUUCUGAAUAAAUCGUGUCCCUUAAUUGGGUAAAUUUA